AUGGCUAAUUUAUCUGACAUUAGAGUAGCUUCAAACAAAAAAUUUUUCAGAAAUCGGAAUAAAUCCAAGAACAUCGAACUUGAAAAUAUAACCAGAGGUGAAAAUAUAACCAGAGGAUCGAAAUCGAAAGAAAAAAGCUCGAAAUUAUGCCCUGAUUCUUGCUACUGUGGAUUCUUGGAUCGUGAUACCAGGAUAGCUCGUAAGGAUAUCACGAAACUCUUGAAACCUGUUACCCUGCCUUAUUUUCACUCAAAACCCUGCACGACUUUUUCCUCCUGAUAUCCCUCUUAAUCCCCCAGCUCUGUCACUAACCAAGACGACACCCGAUUUUUUUCU